UACAAUUUUCCUCAAACAGUCGUGGUUAUCCAGGAGAAUUAUGUCAACGACGGUUUUUUGGAAGGGUUCAUGUCACGACAGCCUGUUGAUCAAGAAGAAAACCUUGUAUGGAAAUCAGUCAAUGUUGAAAUAACAGAUAUCGAGGUGGAGUAUUUAUUAACGGAGUUGUCAAUAACCGGUUGGAAAAUUCUUGUACUUCACAUGGAUCCGCAUUGGAUGAUACGGAUAGUCAGAAAAUCUUUGGACAUGAACUUAUUUCGUGCUGGCUAUGCCUGGUUUCUCAGUGAUAAAACAUUUAUUGACGAGCCUUCGGUGGUUCAAAAUCUACCAGAGGGUCUCUUAGCUUUAACUAACUUUCACCUGACUGGAUCAAAAGGAGUAUUGUCAAAUGUUUUCCGCUUUUUAUCACAAGCGUGCCUUUGUGUUGACUUUCUUAAGUCAUCUGGUAUAAGUCCUAAUUUAUUUGAACCGACCAGUUCUUCGGUUGAUACCAGUGAUACUUUUAUAUUUUCUAAACCCGAACUUUUUAGAUACCUUUCCCGUGCCUCACAGUGUUUUAAUGACACAGAACCUAAUGAAAACAGCACUUUGUUGGCUACUGGCGAAGCCUUUCAUUUGGUUAAUUUAGUAGACAAGAAAAUAGGCGGCAAACAAUGGGAGCUGGUUGGUUAUAUAACGGUAGACGGACUAACUGACCUAAAAACUGUUCUGUGGCCGGGGAAUACGAUAUUUGGCCCGUCGUCUAAUAAAGAAAGAACUUACCGCGUUGUUACAAAGCCCGCAAAACCCUUUGUUUUUAUUAAUGGACCUGUGGCCCACCCGUCUACCUGUUACUCUGAUACGCCCUGCAUUAAACUAACUAACAGUACCCCACGCCAUGUUUCUUCCAUGAUAGAAGAUUUUAUAACCACGAGGGAUUAUAUGAACAAGGGAUAUGAUGUCCAUUGUUGUACGGGAUUAACUAUUGAACUUCUCCUUAGAUUGUCUUUGGAUAUGAAAUUUGAAUAUGUGAUAUAUUUCCUAGAUGAUACUGACUAUGGAAGUUUUGCAAAUGAUACGUGGACCGGUAUGGUUGGCGACAUUGUGAACGGAGCAGCAGAUAUAAUUGCAGGUGCUUUUAGUGUAACGUCCUCGCGGUUGACUGCGAUAUCCUAUUCCGAGCCUUAUUUCCAAAGUGACUAUGCAAUGGUGACUAGCGUCGAUGGACGUUCGACGUCUAUGUGGGCUUUCUUAAAACCAUUUUCCUUUGAAGUGUGGAUAUGUAUUCUACUGAGUUCUAUUGCUGCGGGUAUAGCUACCUCAAUUCUAGAGUGGCACAGUCCAUUUGGAUUAAAUCCAAGGGGACGGAAGCGGGACAAAAACUAUGGUUUAGGUUCAGGAUUGUUAAUGGUGUGGGUAUUGAUUACAGGACAUACCAUCAAUGUAAAAGCCCCCAAAAGUUGGCCUGGAAAAGUUAUACAAAAUGUUUGGGCUGGUUUGGCUAUUUUUAUAAUGACGAGUUAUACUGCUAAUUUAGCUGCUUACCUGGCCGGCCAAUCCGCGGUCAUACUUAUAUCAAGUAUAUAUGACGCAAAGUUGCUGUCAAAGAAAGUGGCUUUGAUUGAGUCGAGUUCCGUAGAAUUCCUUCUUAAUAUCAUCAACCCAGAUCUUAUCAAAAAUGUUAGGCACAACUACAUAUCGUCAACUGACGAAGCCAUUUUUAUGCUACGAGAUCGAGAAAUAGACGUAUACGUUGAUGAUACGCCGUUGUUACAAUAUUCAGUAGCUAGAUUAGAUAAAGAUUGUGCUGUCAGAUUUGUGGGUAAAGGAUUCGGGUCGGAUGGAUAUGCUUUCGGUUUACCCAAAUUUUCGUGGUUACAGGUUCCAUUAUCGAACAAAGUACUAGAGUAUGCUGAAUCAGGGUUUGUCAAUGACCUCAGUAGCAAAUAUCUAUCCAGACCUAAAUGUGAACAUUAUUUAGCCACUAGUCCAUUUCAAUAUAGCCUAGAACAUACAGGUGGAUUAUUUAUUAUAUUAUUGAGUGCUGUGGUCACUAGUAUAUUAUUACUAUUAGGAGAACAUAUGAUUUAUAAAUAUGUGGUACCCUGGUUAAGAAAUAAACCACAAGACAGUAAAUGGAUCGGAGAACAUCUGUAUUUCUUUAGUCAGAGGUUGUCACGUGUUGUAAAAAGUGAAACGUUAUAUUCUCAGAAACACGCCGCCCAGGAAAUGAUGACUAUAGUUAGAACUGGAGACUUUACUAGAUUAAUACAGAAACACGAACUACAGAAAAGAAAAAUGCCACCACCAAAGAAGGAGAAGACAAGGGCGCAAAUGUUUCAAGAAUUAACUUCAAAUAUAGUCAGUUAUCACCGUCAAUUAAAAACUGACACGUCCGAGGAACAUUCAGAAGAAGAGGUGGAAGAAACGCGUGUCGACCCCGAAGAAAUAUCAGCAGAGGUUCACGUUGAAGACGAAGACGAAUCUAGUGGUGUCGCUAACCUAGGAUAUCGCGAAGACGAAGCUGACACUUCGGAUGGUGAUGAAAUAUCAAUAGAUCUAGUAGAAAGCCAAGCAAAUAGCCCCCAACGCCGUCCAUACCAACGAUUAUGCAAGCGAUACUCAACGUGGCCGUCCGGAUUAGUGGUUUAUGCAGAUACAGGAAAGGUUUCGCCAUUUAAAAAGCAGGUUUCAAUGUCGGCGGGUACGAGUCCGACGACAGAACCAGAAUCCCCAAGUAAGAUUUGGGUGAUAUCAGACGGUCGAGUUCUUGACGAUCGUGUGCACUCCCCGCGCGUGUCUCCUGCUCGGAAACUCUCCGAUAUAGGUGUACCACGAAGUAGUCAUACACGUGAUGAACCAAAUAAUGCCAAAAGAAGUAAGAGUUACGAUCACCAACAACCUGAUUAUUUUAAAAGAAAUUUGAAGAUGAAAGACAAUCGAGUGAAAUCCACCAUCAGAAGACACGCAUUGUCUGGCUAUCAAUCACAAAUACCGGUGGAUUAUCUGGAUGAAUGUACCAUUGAUGCUCUUUCUAAGGAAGACUUGUUGAUACUGUGGAAGAAAUCUGAAAUUGAGAUGCAAAGACGUCUAAAUGAAGUAAAAGUGAGGAACCGGAGACUUUCGUUGGCUAUAGAUUAUCUGGUCAAGCAUCAAGGGGAUAGUGAAGGUGCCGAGGAAGUCUGAAGCGAUUUGUGCGACUUUAUGGUACACUUUAAAAGAACUUUGGGAUUCAAAACCCAGAGCUACUCAAGUGCUCCCAAAAAGCACCAUUUGAGAUUUUGUGAUGGGUUAAAGAAAAUGUAUUCUUUGUUCUUAAACAUUGGUGUUUGUGUAUUUUCUAUUUAAAAAUAUAAUAGAAUUCACUUGUUGAUUAUGAAUAAUGAUAGAGCAUGAAAGUUUGUUUUUUUUUGGAGAUUUUUUGGUCCAUAAUGUGACCAAAGGGGUGGCACACCCGUUUCUUGGCCAUGUCAUUAGAUUAGAAGAAAUCACCAUUAAAAUUGUUUUGGAUUCUUUUUCAUAUUCGAUACUUGUUGGUAUACUUACUUUCAAUCACCAGUCAUUUCCAUAUUACUAGAUUACAUCGCCACCUUCUCGUGAAUUGCAUGGUGUAAAUUUUGUGCAUUGUUUUGUGAUCAACUGUAGAAAUAAUUGAUUUUUAAAAUUACACUCAAUAUUAUUCCCUUUUUAUCGAGUGUAGAAGCAUUAAAUUCAUGGUCGUUUUGCAUUUGGCUAUAUUCCCACAACUUCGAAUUCAUUCUAGACCAAUUUUUUAAUGCAUUAACGUUUGUCGUUAUAAUCCUACAAUUUUUUAUUUAUUUUAGAUUAAACAUAUAAUUCUGUAACCUCAUUUUGAAAUUAUAAUAUUUUUAAUGCUGAAUUGUUACUAUUACCAUUAUCUCAUUUUUAUAACUGUUAUCAUCAUCCUUUAUUUAAACCACAUUUUGCUGUGAUUUGUUUCUGAGGUUAUGCGUUCUCUAUAUUUUAAUGGAAGGAGGUUUUCUUAAUGUUAUUUAAUGGCAGUUUACUUUUGAUAUGAAAUAGUAUUUUAACCAUUUUCAUUAUAAAUAACCCUUGAUUAAACUUACAUUGUCAGACAUCGUUGUUACUGAUAUCAUAUCUAUAAAUAAAUAAAUGUUUCAGAGUUUUCAUACAAAACAAUA